GUUUGAAUUCCCAUCCCAACCCUUAGCAGUAAAAGAUAGUUCUUGGCAGUUAAUCCAAAAAAAAAAAUGAAAAGGUGCGAAGAUGAGCAAAUGGAGAAGGCAACUGCGCUUAAUCUUCCGAUUGAUUCUGCGACACUGCGACAAUUGCAAUUGCAGAAGCAGACGCACUCUAAAAUGCCAUAUCAGACUAUCCCUUAUGAAGAAGAAGAAGAAGAAGAAGAAGAAGAGAAGGAAAUCGGAGGCACGCAGAGACUGACACAAAAGCGCCAGCAGCUUUUUCAGAGGACAGAAUCGGUUGGAAGGAGCAAAACAGGUCCAGCAGCAGCCAGCAGGUGAUCUCUGUCUGCUUCAAAGCUACUUGAUCUUUAUGUACAAUAUCAGAGCAUUUGCCUUAUUCAUUCAUCUCUAUUUGCUUCAAAGCUACUUGAUCUUGAUGUCACUUCAAAGGUACACUUUCUCAUGUUAUAUGCUUCCUGUUUUAAAGGAUGCAACAUUUGAUUUCGACACAAAAAUCAAGAUAGCAUGAGAGUGCGAAGUGACAAAGCUACUGAUGUGUUUAUGAAUAAAAUAACAAUUCCCAAAAGUGAAAUGUAGCCACCACUAUACUUAAAUACCCUGGUACUACAUCAUGAGGAGGCUGAAUUUUAAAGUUUCCUUCCAAUUUGAAAAUUUCGGAAACAAAAUCUGCCAAAAUGUUGCGCAACUUUUCCUCCAAUUUGAAGUUUUUGAAAACAAAAUCCCCCCAAAAGGUGGGUAACUUUUCACAAGUCACGGGUCAUCCCACCACUAUAAUAUUAGUGAUAGAGAGGGUUUUGGUUUUCCGCGGCUUUGAACUAAAGAUAGGAACUUUUAUGGACAUGGCCGCUUUCCCACACAAUACAUAGGCUAUUUAGCGAGUUUUUGUAGGAUCGAUAGAAUUGGUUUAGGAUCGCGAUUUUAACGAUCCAAUUCUAUCGCUUCCAACUUUAAGCUCUUGGAUUUGGAUCGCAAUUCUAACAGUAUUGCCACUGAUUUUACAUGUGAAGUCACGAAAAUAACGCUGCUCAAACACUGCAGCACACAAUUGAUCAUCCAAAAAUAAAAUAAAAUAAAAUAAAUUUAGGCUGAAUCAUGGACCCUCAUGAUGGCCACAUGGCUAUUAAUGUGUCAGUUCAACUUGAAGAAAUGUUUUUUGGUAUUUGGAGCAACAGAGUUGCUGCUGACACAGAAGGCGAUAUCUCCAUGGAUGAGCCGCUGAUGCUUAAAAAAAUGCAGCAAUCAGUUGAUGAAGAUGACCAAGGUGAAGAGGUAUGAAUCUUGAAUGAACAAAUGAAUCAAACUGAGAUUAUGGUUUUGAUAAUGAGAAUAUUGAUGCUAACAUGAAGAUACAUUGAGAAAACAGAACCCAGAGCUUAAUAGUCAGUAAUGACUGCAGGACACAUUUAGUAAACACUCUCUUUAUCAUUAGCCACUAUUUACGAGCUUCCCAAUGGCACAACCACCAAAGUUGCUGCCGACUUUAACAUUUGUAGGACCACAGUGAACAAGCACAAAAUGGGUCUGAUGUGAAACAGAAAAAAUGGAGCUUGUGGAAGGAACAGUACAGAGUAUAAUGAGACACCACAAAAACAAAGGACUAUCAUAAGGUCUUUUGCAAUAGCUUUGGAGGUUACCCAAUGCACUAUGUAUAGGCUGCUGAAAAAGGGCAUCUUUGGGGAUCAUACAAACAACAUGAUACAAAAAAUCAAUGCAAACCAUAAGCUUGGGUGGCUACCUUUCAUUAUGGCCAAGGUAAUUCAGAGAUUAGUAUGGGGGAAAGCAUGUUUUGCUUCUUUGUCUAACUUGGUUCACAUAGAUGAGAAAUAGUUUUGGAUGAGCCAAGUGGCACAUAGAUGAGAAAUAGUUUUGAAUGGUUUAGGUCUAUAAAAUGGAGGUAGGUGAGAGAGGGUCAUGAAAUUUUUUAGAGUUAUAGGUAGGUGAGGGUGAUUGAUGUUUUAAGUUGGUGAGCUAAAUAGGGCUUUUUUGUCCAUUUCAUUAAAAAAUACUGAAUAUAGAAAUGUUGCAACCUCUUUGAAAUAUCCAAAAAGGAAUAUGUUGCUUCUUUGUUUAAAAAACGGGAUGUCUUAUUCUAAAAUUUUAUGAGUCCGUGAAAUAUCUAAAAGCAAAUGUUAUUGCUAGCUUUUCUAUCGGAAGGCUAAUGAAUGUUGGCUAUAAGGUUGCAUUGUAAUUGAAUCUGUUUUAGCGUGUUCGUGACCACCAAUUCUCAGACGCAGACUUGGGAAAGAGGGAUGCAAAACUAUUAUGACAUUAUGUGGUGCGCUAUGAACUGAAACAAGUUUGGGCAAUUUUUUUGUUUGUCUAAAGGCUAUCCGCUAUAGUCUCUUAACGGGGAAAUAUGCUCCAUUGCAAGCUGUUGGAAGGCUUUUUUUUUUUUUGAGGAAAAGCUGUUGGAAGUCUUGGAACAGGUUUAAUGGAGUUCUGUCUUAUGCUUAUUAUAAGAUUGUUAUAGAUACUUAUGAUAGGAAUUGUAGCAUUUGGUGACCAUAUAACAUGAGAUAUUCAUUUGACAGUCACCGUCAAUUUUACCUUUCAAUGUUAGUAGUUGUUAAGUUUGUGGUUAAGUAGCCUUAGUUGUUAUAUAUCAGCAUCAUUGUGGAGCUUUGUAAAGAAAAGAAAAAAAAACUCGUAGUUACUUUUUCUUGCCUUCAACCUUAUUUUGUUAUAUAUCAGCAUGGUAGUUCCUAACUUCAGCAAGCUGGGUGUUGAUGAGGAUGGAUACUUUUGAAUAAAGAGAAGCCAAAUGAUUGAUCCUGUUAGGGUAAUUGUCCAAAGUAAAUGACUAUAUAUGGAUCAGUGAAAGGAGGACUGGUGUAUUAGGUUGGAUAUGUGGCAUUAGUUUUCAUGUACCGAUUCUGAAAGAUGAGCUGCAUUGGUAUCUUUCCUCCAAAAUGCAGCCUAAGAAAGUAAACAAAGAAAAAUGAAGUAUAUUUGGUUUGCAAAUCGUUUUUGCAUCACAAUGCUAAUAUUUGCAGGUUUUAGAAUCAUUGUUUUUGCAUUACAAUGGGUUUUAGGUGAAUUUCCAAUGAGAUACGUGAGAGGAGAGCCUGUCAAAAGAGCGCGGCUAGCAUUUCUGGAUUUGAAAGUAGUAUGGUCGUUGGAGAAGCACAGCUGGUUACGUCUCACAAUAUUACCAUUCACCAAUCAUCAUCCACUUAAUCCGAGGGGGACCUAGACUUGAAGAGCCUGUAGGAGUCUAGGAGCGUACCAGUUUCUUUUUUCCUUUUUUUUGGCGACGGAAAAUGGAGGAAAAAGGAGAAGUGUGCCUAGGAAUCCAUUCGGGUAAGUCAUGGGCUCUGUCGACAAUACAUCUCUCCUAGGGACUUUACAUUCAAGGAGGGCAGCAUAGAGGCUACUCUCAUAAACUAGCAAACUAUAAUUCUUAUAUAUUUUCUGCCUUCAUGGUUGGGUCUUUGAGAUAUGCAAUGGCCUCGACACAAUCCGCCAACCAAAAUCUAGUGAACCUGUUAAUCUUUUGGGCCUACUAUAAGGUGCUUCAGAUUGCUUGAAGCGAGGAGUUUGAGAAAAUUCAAUGUGUGUUCCAGUUGGGAAGAGUGAUAAGAGCUAAUCAUCCAAUAGUAGCUACUAGCCUCAUAUGCACACGUGCGACGACAUAUUAACAUCAAUACUAACAUUUAAAAGCGUUAGAUGCGCUAAUAUUAUUGUAGUUUAAUAUGAUCAUUAGCAACUUUUUUUCAAUGUGAUAAAUAAACAUGUUUCAUAAUGUAUUAUAGGUUGAUAUUAUUGGAUGAUAUAUGCUAAUUUCUUUAACAUAUGUGUAAUUUAUUGCUUAACAAUACUGACUAAUUGGAUCGUAUAAGCCUAUUUCUUUAAUAUAUUUGAAUUACGAACAUAUUUUUAAAUAAUAUAUCUAAUAAUCAUGACAUAUAUCUACAUUAAAAUAAAAUGAUGAGAUGGAAUACCUUAACUGACAAAAACGACUAUAAUAAACCUUUAAAUAAAAAAAAUAGAUUAUCCUAAUCGACGCAUACGACAAUCAUAUAUAAAAGCUAAAAAAAUAAAUAGAUGAGACUAUCCUCUUAUUUUUCUUGGUAUGAAUGUUCUUUGAAAUUGGAAAUGCAAUUGGAAGUUUAGGUAGAAAUAAAUUUUGCAAGUUCUUACUUUGUAGUGCUUUGGAAUUGUUGUAGUUAUAUUAGUUUUCAAUCGAAAAAUCUCUCUUUUUAAGCAUAUUUUUAAGGGGAAAAGUUUUAUGCAUACAUACAUCUUACUAUACGUUAGACAAUCUUAACUAGUUCUUAUUACACAUAAUUGUAGAUCAACAAGAAAAUGAAUAUUUUAAAAUAAUAUAUUUUGAUAAGUGAAGGGCAGAAAAAUAAUUUUACAGAAGGACAUUAUAGCUCUCCUUAGCUUAUCUAAUACUACCUCCCUUUAUUAAUAAGUGCAACACUUUUCUUAUUUGGAAUAGUCACAAUAAGUAUAACCAAGCUCAAAAUGGUAAAAAAAAGCUUAAUAUUAUUACAAAUAUGCCACCAAAAAGCAAGAGGGGACCAUAAUUUUUGUAUUUCAUCACUUGAGUUACUUUAUUUUAUUGUGGACCCAACUUUCUCUCUCUACAUUCUUUGGUAUUCCCCACUUUUUCUAUGUUGCACUUAUUAUAAAAAACGGAGGAAGUAGAAAUUAUUUUGUGAUAUAUUAAUUCCACCUAACCAAAAAUUGAAAAGUAACCAAGUUACAAAUGACAAUAGGGCAAACAAAUGAAGGCAAACUAAUGGGAGGCGAAGAAAGUAGUUUUAUAUUGUACAUGUAAUAACAAAUCAAAACAGAAAAUGAGGCAAAUUUUUAACAAACAUGUAGUAUACGAUAGAAUGAUAGUGGUUGCUCGGCUGAAUAUAUGAAUAUGCUUGUUUUCUCCAAAAAGUAAAAAAAAGGGAUGAUGGAAUGUACUUCAAUAAAGGAUGACAGUAUACUGUAUACAAAUCUCAAGUCAUCAGUUCCAUGCUUCCAGCUAAGCUUGUAAUUUUUUUUUCCUUUUUUUGGGUGUGUGGGCCUGGGUAUGGGCCAUGGGGAAGGUGUAGUUGUCAGGUGUUUUGUAAUUCUAAUACCUCUCUCUAUAUCUAUCUUAUUUUUGAAAUUUAGGUUAAUGUAUAAGAAUAUAGUUUAUGUAUUAAUUGGUGUAGUAGUGUUAAUUAUGAAGUUUUAAAAAUUUGAAUGUAUAUUUUAAAAAAAAAAAAAUGAGAGUACUCAAAGGUAGGAGUGGGACAUGCUAUUAUUAGCAUUAGAUUAGUGAGUAUAAAUGUAUAUAUAUGUAUUUAAUUGUUUUAAAAAUAGAAAUAUUAUUAUGUCUUUAACAUGAGAUUGUAAAGUAUUUGGUUAGUGUAUUUGUAUCUCAAAUGGGAGGUUAUGGUUUUCAGUCUUAAAAACAAAUUUUUAUUUUGUAACACGUCUCAUUUGAUUGUGUAGGGGAGAGGGGGAAUACACGUGGCAAUAUGAUAUAUUUUUGCUUUGGGUUUUAGAUUUGAUUGUGCAGGGGAGAGGAGUACAUGUGCCAAUAUGACAUGUUUUUACUUUGGAUUUUAGAUAUAUACUAUAUAGAUUAGAUAUUGAUAAUUAAAGAAUAGCUUUGGAUACCAUGAAAAAGCAAAUGUGAUAAAUGGAAAAGUAAACUGAGUGAAGCAAUAAAAAUGCUCAUAAAUUGGUCCCUCCUAACACCCCCCCCCCCCUCUCCUUGGUAAACCAUAACAUUUAAACUCUACCCGCCAAGGAACGUAUAUAUUCUCUUUCCUACAUCAACAUGACUACAUGUGAACAGAACAGGGAAAGCCAGGGAGGUGGUAACUUGCUUUAAUUCAGCUACCAGUAGUAGUUGUUGCUCAUGUUCCUUAAUAUGUAGGAGGAGUAUAAGUUACAGCGUUAAUACUAUUGGUGCUUAGUUUGUUGUGAGUAGUUGUAAAUUAAAUAUAGAAAUGAAAGAGGAGUGGAGAGUGCUAGUAAUGGUGGCAGCGGUCACUUUGUUAGUUUUCUGUGCCAAUGGAAAUGAAAAAUCAGCGGUGGGGGAUCCAGGGAUGAAGAGAGACGCUUUAAGAGUUGCAUUUGAGGCCUGGAAUUUCUGCAAUGAAGUUGGGCAUGAAGCUCCUGCUAUGGGUAGCCCCCGAGCCGCUGACUGCUUUGAUCUCAUCCCUACUACAUCUUCCACCAACAUCAUGAAACAUUUUCCAUUUCCUGAGAAAUACUACUAUACAAGUAAAGCAGAAAGCGCAGAAGGAGAUAGAUCAGGAUCAAGAGGGGCGUCUUCUGUUGAAAUACAGCACAAAGUGACGGAAGGACAAAACAAGCUUGGAGUGGGAAAGCCCUUCCCAGGCUUGGGAAUGGAAGCUCUGUCAAACCCAGAUCUUUAUGCCGCCCAAAAGGAGCUUUAUCUGGGAAGCCUGUGCCAGGUUGAAGCGGAGGAGGACGUAGAAAAACCAUGGCAAUUCUGGAUGGUUAUGCUCAAGAAUGGUAAUUUUGAUACCAGUUCUGGUCUGUGCCCUCAGAAUGGGAAAAAAGUUGGGCCUUUUUAUACGCCUCCUGGCAGGUUCCCUUGCUUUGGAGCUGGGUGCAUGAAUCAGCCUGCAUUUUACCAUCAACCCACCUCUUUAUCUCGUGAUCAUGACUCUGAUGUAGCCACCAUGACGGGUGGUUUUCGAGGUACCUAUGAAUUAGACUCUGAUAUUAGCCGUGGUAUCGACAAUGUCUCCUAUUAUGAAGUCACUUGGAAGAAGCAACUUAGACAGGGGAGCUGGGAUUUCAAACAUAAGCUUAAAACAUCCGAAAAGUAUCCAUGGCUGAUGCUGUAUCUUAGGGCAGAUGCUACUCAAGGCUUCUCUGGAGGUUAUCAUUAUAAUACACGAGGAAUGUUGAAAACUCUUCCUGUGUCCCCAAACUUCAAAGUGAGAAUGCAUUUGGAUAUAAAGCAAGGUGGAGGACCUAAGAGUCAGUUUUACUUGAUUGAUAUCGGAAGCUGCUGGAAAAACAACGGAAAUCCAUGUGAUGGGGAUGUACUCACUGAUGUUACAAGAUACAGUGAGAUGAUCAUUAACCCUGAAACCCCAGCGUGGUGUAGCUCUACUAGCCUUAAGUCUUGUCCACCCUAUCACAUUACACCGAAUAACACCAAGAUUCACAGGAAUGACACCACCCACUUCCCAUAUAGUGCCUACCAUUACUACUGUCGUCCCGGAAAUGCAGAGCAUCCAGAGCAACCGUCUGACGCAUGUGACCCAUACAGCAAUCCUCAGGCACAAGAGAUACUUCAGUUGUUGCCUCAUCCUAUUUGGAGUGAGUAUGGAUAUCCUACCAAACCUGGCCAAGGUUGGGUUGGUGAUCCUACUACUUGGGAGUUGGAUGUUGGUGGCCUUUCAAGUAGGCUCUAUUUUUAUCAGGAUCCUGGUACUACUCCUGCAAAGAGAAUAUGGACUUCAAUUGAUAUGGGGACUGAAAUUUUUGUCAGUGACAAAGAGGAGGUAGCAGAAUGGACAGUCAGUGACUUCAAUGUCAUCAUCACAUCAUAGACAAGAGCUACAAAAACUGUUUUCCAAAUAGCCGCACGAUAUGCAGAAAAGAAAUUAUUGUAUGUUUAGUCGUUUACAUGGAUAAGUUAAGUGCAAGCAAAGGCGGACCCAAUAAGGGUCUUGGGUGGUACCGGCCCAUCCAGAAAAAUCCAGCUUGUGUUUUUGCAUUGAGCUAGUUUAUAUAAUAAAAAAAUUACAUCUUAAAAUCA